AUGAAUCAUAUUGAUGUAGCCCAGCAGACCAAGCUUUUAAGAUUUGCCUACAAUCCCAGUUCCCAGAAAUGUGUGAUUAGGUGAGGUCGGGAACUGCGAAUUAAAUGGAAAGAUCUAGUGGAGUAAGCAGGUAUUUUCUCCUUCUAUCUAAAACUCAUAAAAGGGUUGAAGAGAAAGCAGAUUAGAAUCAUAUGAAGUAUAGUAAAUCCCCCCAGAUAAGAGAUUGUAAUCUGUUCUGAUUCCACCGGAUAUAUUUCCCAACAGUAUGUGUGUGUAUAUGUGUGUGUUUGUGUGUGUGUGUGGGGGAGGGAGAGGAUUGAUUUCUUAUGUAGUCUGAUGUAUUAAUUUUUGGUGUAUCCUUUUUUAUGUUUCCAGGGGAAACAUUUUGAAAAUCUCAUGAGCUGUAACCUUAAUAUGCCAUAUUACAUGCCGACUAAUUCCAAAUAAAUUGUCUACUAAUUGCAUAACUAAUGACAGGUAAUUUGACAUUUUAAUUUCCAGCUUUCCAGAGGCACCGUGUAUGACAAUCACAUCAUGUGUAUGCAGCUAGGUUUUAACAUAGGACUGAUUACACUAUGUCACUACUGAGAGAUUCCGGUCGAACUGGUAUCACCUCUUCAUAGUGAGUAGAUGUGGUAUCUGUAUAAAUUUAUCUGGAUAAACACUUAUGAAGUACAGGCUUUUAAUGGGAUUGGCUAUGUGUAGUAUAUGUAGUACAUUCACUGGGCAAGCAAAUACACAAACACAUGGGUGUGCAAAUGUGAAGGGAAAUUACAAAGCAACAAGCAUUUAAUUUGCAAUUUAAAUGACUGUGAUCGUUAAUUUAUUCGGUGUAAUUAUUGAUAGCUGGAUUUUAAGUAACCGAUUCUUGCAGUGUACCUAGUUAAUCAAUGCUGUCGUGUUAGAUGUAGAUUUCACACGGAUCCAAUUUAGCAAUAUAAACUCUUGGGAUACAAUUCUGUUAUUUCCACGAUGGGAUUCUAUACAUUCCUGUGCACUCAGACAACGAUUCGACUAUGCGACUUAAGCGUUAGAAACUCUAGUGGUCAUAUCUAUCAAGGCAAAAUUUGGCGAUAUUGUGGAGCAAAGUGCUAAAUAAGCUCGAAUCACUAUGGAAACCAAUAGAAUGUCUGCCAUCGUUUAGUUCUUCGCCCUUAAAUAGCACAUGUUUUGCCUCAGUUAAUAUGGACUUAAAUAUCUAAAUUUUUCAGUAUAUGUUUUUACGAUUCCUGUACAGUCCUACUUUUAAAUCCCAUUCAUUAAAGGCAAAAUACCAGAACAAAUAAUAUAUACAUUGAUUUGUUAACCCAUCUUCAUAAAAAUGUUAAAGUGUAAGCCUAACUCACUGAUGUAUAUGCAAACAAUGGACCGAUAUCUCUUAUUUGUGAGCUGUCCACAGAAGUUAUAUGAACCUAUAGAGAUUCAUACAUAUCCAUUUCAAGUGCAAUGCUACAAAUUUUGCACACACACAAAAAAAGAAGCUAAUUAAUUUUCCUCCUGCUUUGUAAACAUCCUUUUAAAAAUAAUUCAUACGGCCCAUGUGCAAUUUACACUGGAUACAUUAGCUUGCCUAACAGCAUCAAUCAUCAAUGCAGUGCAAUAGUCAGAUCAUUGUGUUACCAUAGCCCCUCUCUCUCAUAGUCCACACAAGCGAAGUUGGUGUGUCCCUAGCUGCCCAUUAGGAACUGCAUUACUUGUUGAAUUCUAGGUAGCGGAGGUUUAAAUUGCGAUAUAUUUUCCUUUGCACGUUGCCGCGUCUUGCACUAAGCUGCGAUUUGCAAAACGUAGACCAAAUUUGUAAUGAUGCAAAAUCUCUCUUUUUUUUUUUUUUUUUAAAGAAAAUCUAUUUUUUUUGUUCAGUUUUGGCUUUUUUCCUAAAAUGUUUCCUUCAGUUUUCCUAAAUGUUUCAUGUACAGCCCCCCCACAGCUUGUAGGGAGGUUUGUAGAUAUUGUGUAUGUGGUUUUGUGUCACUGUAUAUUAUGCUCAUGCGAGGAUAUCCAUGACGUUCGGUUUAUGCACAAAACAAAAGGUUAGUUGCAAUGGGCAAACAAAGCCCGUGAUCUAUAAGAGAUCAGAGUCCAGCCGUCCUGUGUCAGGAAGAGUUAAUCAUACACUCAUCUCACAUCCCCUAGAUUCCCUUUAACUGCUAUCCCCACCCGCAUGCGCUGAUUGGUUCUCCCUUUGCUUACCUCUGCUUCCCCAUUGGCCCAGGGGAGGCGCCCAUCCUCGAACGCCCGAGAGAGUGCGCCAAUGUGUGACGUCACGGCUCAUUGAUGCCCUGUUCUGUGCCAAUAAUGACCUGCUCGGCUUUCCAAAGUGCUUAAAGCAGAUAGCUAAUAAUUACAUGAACUCGGCGCAGAGCAGAGACAACCGAGCUCAGGGAAAAGCUAUCUCUUGCUAAAUGUCUUAACACCAUCAAGGUAAGAGGCUUUGCUGUGGCUAUGGCUGAGCUUGGGAGCCCCAUACUGGCCCUGUGCACCAGCUUGUGAUCCUGACAACACAAAUUGUCCCAGGGAGUUUUGUUGGCCAAACUUUUGUUUCCAUUGUGGGAGGAUCUGAAACCCCUCAUUUUCCUUGUUCUGUCAAGUGGAAAGGCUCUCACUGUGCUGUGUCUGUAUUGGGGAUCAGCAGUAGGUCAUAGCAUCUAACAGUCACUUCGAAUAAUAUUUACACGUUCAUAAAUACAGAGGAGCGAUGACCAAAGUGGGAUUCUUGAAGUGGGAAUCUAUCAUUCUUGAAUGUAUCUCAGCCAGAGAAGUGAGCUUUCUUCUGCUUGACCUUUUUAAUUGUUCAGAGCUAUUUCGCGUUCACUCUUUGCAUCAUUAACUGAGGCGCUCACCUACUUUCAUAUGCUGAAACUCCCCUUCAACACUUAUUACAGUUUUUUUUUCUCAAUUAUGCAAUCUGUUAGAUUGUUAAAUCACACGUUAGUGCAAAAAAAUAUUUAUAUAAAUACUGGGAUAUGUUUUUAAUCUGAUAUAAUUUAUGACUUGAAUUAUUUCACUGCUGCAUGCAUCUUUUACAUUUAAUUGAAAUUAUUAUUAUUAUUAUUAUUAUCAUUUUCUGAAAGGUAAAGCCACUAAACAGUGAGUUGUAAUUGGCAGCCAAAUAAAUUGUAAAAUUUAAACUUGUUGGGGGGGAAAAGAAUCUAAUUCAGCACAUAAUAUUAUUUUCACAUCUUUACUUGUUUUGGCCUAAAUUUUAUAAUUUCUUUUUUUUUUUCCCAGUGAAGUAGAUGAACCUCAAUAUUCUGAAUAUUUGAUUGUUUGUUUGAAUUAUUGUUCCAUGUUUGUCUCCUGCUUAUCGUGUGAUUUCAUUUUUAGAUUAAUAUAAAUCUGGCAUAGUGGUGAUAUGUUAAUUAACCUUGCAUUGCGUUGCAGAGCUGUUUGGCAGUUAAAGUGUAAAUCAUGUACUUGAUUGGUAAAUCUACUUUCAGUAAUUUCAUACAAAUGUAUUCACAUGUUUCACCAUUUGAGUAUGUGCUCUGUCUCUGUGUAGUUAAUAUUUCAUCUUCAAAUUGAUGGUAAUUUUUUAAGUUCUAAUUUUAGAUGAUCAGUAAAAUUUCUAAAUUGGAAAUGCAGAUCUUUGUACAUAUAAUUUGCAUAUAUUAAGUGACAAACCUAGCUGUGAAUCUAAGUUACAACGAUGAACUAUUUUGAUACCAAAAGAAAAAAUGGAUUCACGCACAGGUAAUGUUUAAUAUUGGAUUAAAUUAUGUAAUUAAUUGUUUGCUCUCAGUGUGUAAUAAUUGCCCAGAGUGAUUCAGCGUCUAAAUCAAAAUAAGACUUGUUUGAUUUGAAAAUUCUAAUUGUAUUUAUUCAUAUUAUUUUUCAGUUUAGUUUGACACAGCCUUAUAAUUACUAUACAUUUUUUGUACUUUAAAGUAUGUAAGCAUUAGCACAAUUUUCUUAAUUUGUAGUUAAACCCAAUUUAUUUUAAUUAUCAUUUUGCUCUAGAUUUAUGGUUUGAAAAUUGACGAGUAUUUCUGGGCAAAAUAUUUAAACUGGAAAUAUAGUUGAAUUAUUUUUUCCCAGUUUGCCCAUUUUGAAAUACUGUUUGUUUAGAAGAAACAAGCUUCUAAUAGAAAAUGACCAUUCAUUUAUAUCAGGUAGAUGUUGCAUCUUUUUAAGGUUAGAGGAAAAUGUGAAAAAGAUAGAUGGGUCUAUGUAAAGUAAUGGAAUGGAUAACUGGGAGGAGUUAAAUGGAAAUAAACAAGAAAUGGUGUUGACAAGAAAGAGUUUACAUAACCAGUAGGAGGCAUUCUAUUUAAGGGCCAUAUCAUGGAGCACUAGUGAGAAGUCUGAAAUGGAGAAAGGGGAGGGAAUACUGUAUAGAUAGAUGUUAUUUGUAGCCAUAGAAGGAAGUGCACAAAAUUAGAUGAAACACUGAAUGAAGUCUUGAGACAUCAGAGGAAGAAUUUUGAUUUGCAGAUCAUAUAACCCAUUUUGCCUUUAAUUUGAGGAUAUUGAGUCACAUCCUUUACUCCUUUUUUACUGUCUUUUAUAUUCUGUCUGUUGCCCUACCUAUGAUUAUAUACGAUUACAAUUUGUUGAACACUUUGGAUAAAACUGCUAUAUAAUACCUGUUAAAUAAAUGCAUUAAACAUAAUAAUUUAUACACCUACGUUAAUAUGAUCAAAACAACAACAUAAUAUUCAGUGCUGUCUAGUCAAUAAAAUUUUUCUUCAGUGAAAGUGUUAAAUUUUAAUUAUGUUACUUCUUGUACUUCUAUAAUAUAAAAAAUGGUCAUCUGACUAUUAUUUUCUUCUAAACAUUUGUAGAAAAAACAAAAAUAUUCAAUCCAGCUUAUAUUAAUGCACAGACUAAUAUAUUUGUUCUUUACCAUAUUCCUCACACAAGUGAUGGGCAUAGUAAAAUAUCUUGCUGCCUAUUUACUGAACGUUGCAUUCUGCUGAGUUCAUAGAUGACUUGCAAAAUUGCAUUGUGAGUUGAUUAUUUUUAAAUUCUGCAACUUUGGUCUUAAUUUUGCAAGUUGGUUGUUAGCGCAACAUCUUACAGUUUUCUCAAUAAACCAUUUUGUGUUUUAUUUUACAGUAAUAAAGUAGAAUUAUAAGAAAUGGUAAUUAUCUAGGUCUGCAACAGUUAAGCUGGAAUAUUUCUUUUUUUUGCAGAAUGCAGUUUAGAGUAUUGCUGAAUGCUAAGGAUUCAUAAUUGAAACAUAGUCUGCAGCAGACUCUGUUCCCAGUGCCUGGGGGGAGAUUGCAGUGAAUUAUAAAGCAGUUGGACUGGUACUGUUUAUAAACAUUAUUUAAAACUGGCAUUAAGGUGAAAUCUUAGCAUGAUGUGAAUUGCUGAUCAUUUCAAGGCAUCUGUCUAUUUUGAUACGUUUGUCUGGUAAACUGGUUUCUCACUCUGUAAUAGCUAAAAAUUGAUGUUGGUUAUAUAUUUUUUUUCUCUUUCCAAAUAGCUCGCAGACCACUUAGCUGAAGCUCAGCAACCUGGGACUGCUUAA